UAAGAGGCCAUAGAUAGGGGAGAUAGUCAAAAUCUUUUUCCCAUGAAAUGAAGUGUUUGGCUCCCCCUGUUGUUCCUUCGAGAAUCUCCCUCCUCUCAAAGUUAAAGCACGCCACGUUUCCGAAGUAAAGCCAAACCAGUUGUCCUGAACAAGGAAGAUUUAGAAAACUCCUGCAAUAUAACUUCGUCCGUUUAGCACAUCUUAUAACAUUCGGAACAGUAACGGAUUUCACAAUAUCCUCCAAUAAAAGUUGUUCCCUUUAUAAAAUCUGGAAGACACCAUCGAGAUCAGUGAAAGUGCCUCGGUAAUUACAAGGAGUUGCGGUGAACAUGAAGAUUGAGUUCGCGCCCAUUAAGAUUCCUUUUAAGAGAAGGAUUCAAACGUUUGCUGUGCUCCAGUGGAUCUUCACCUUUUUGUUCUUGGCUCAGUGCUGCCUUGCAAUCUUUGUCUUUCUUAUCUUUGCUGGUUACUGGUACAUAGCUGCAGUUUACGUUGCUUGGUUGUAUCUUGACUGGGAAACACCAAAUCAGGGUGGCAGAAGAUCAGAAUGGGUCAGAAGUUGGACUAUCUGGAAUUACUUCCGAGACUACUUUCCUAUUCACCUUAAGAAAACAACUGCUCUGGAUCCAAAGUACAACUAUCUGUUUGGAUUUCAUCCUCAUGGGGUGCUUGUAGCUGGAGCUUUUGCAAACUUUUGCAGUGAGUCUACGAACUUUCGGAAGUUGUUUCCAGGUUUGACACCAUACCUAUGCGUGCUGCCUUUCUGGUUCAAGAUUCCUUUUUACAGGGAAUACAUCAUGACUGGAGGUUUGGUCUCAUGUGUGAAGAGCAGUGCUUCUCACAUUCUAAGCAGGAAGGAAGGUGGUAAUGUGGCUGUCAUUGUAAUAGGUGGUGCUGAGGAAUCUCUGGAUGCAAGACCUGGAGCACUAACUUUGAGAACCUUAAACAGGAAAGGAUUUAUUAAAUUGGCUAUAAAAUGUGGGGCACGUCUGGUUCCAGUCUUUUCCUUUGGGGAAAAUGAACUUUUUAAUCAGGUAGACAAUCCCAAAGGGUCAACUCUUCGAACAAUCCAGGAGCGAUUACAGAAAAUCAUGGGGUUUGCACUGCCAUUGUUUCACGCCAGGGGCGUCUUCCAGUAUAACUUUGGACUGCUGCCAUACCGGAAACCUAUUUACACUAUAGUGGGAAAGCCAAUUGUUGUGCAACAGAACCACACCCCUUCAAACCAAGAGAUUGAAGCACUGCAUAGUAAAUAUAUUGAUGCAUUAAGUGAAUUAUUUGAAGAACACAAAGCUCAAUAUGGAAUUCCAGAAACAGACCAUCUACUUUUCAGUUGAAUUUCAGGUUUGAGCACCUGAAUUAACAAGCAAAUCUAGUCAUGCUGUACGGAGUAAUUUUGAUUUGCGCUGUUAAGUACUUAGUUAUAGAUAAAUCCCAGUUAAUUGAAUCAUUUUGGAGACAUUCUUACACUCUUAUUGGCAGUAAUGGUCAAUGGUUUAGAAACAAUUCUAUGUUAACCACUAAAUACUAAUGUAGAAGUACUGCUGUAAUUUCUGUGUAUGUGAGUAUUUGAUGUACAGCACUUUACAAAUGUUAACUAAAGAGAUCUUCCUUUAUAAGGUCACACUUUAGAAUUUUGCAUGUGUAAAUUGAGGUUAGUGUUUACAUGCUAUCAACUGAAAUUGGGAUGAAAAAAAGCUUAAACUUAUAAUCUUAGUACCCACCACAAUUUGCAAAGAACUUAUGAUCAUUAUCAAAGUUACUCUUUAAAAUGUCCUGAGGUAUGAAUGGAAAAUAUGUUUAUAUUGUUCAAAUGACAGCAAACUCAAAAGGUUUAAUUAUUGCAAAAAAUCUUCCUUUUUGCCAAGCAAACCUUACAUACAAUAUCACAUUAAUGUGCCUUAAAAAAGAAUAUCUCUGUCUAUAUCAUAGUCUCUCACUGUUACCUUAUCACCUCAAGAAAUUCAAAUCCAAAGAUUUGGUGUAUUUUUUUUAAAUGAAUCACAUCAGUAUUAAUGACUCAUGCUUAAUCAUUUGUCAAAUUUAAGUAAAAGUAGCUGGUUUGAAAUAAAUUGUGGAACAAAGGGAAUGACAGCUUUGUAAGCAUUUUCAAUUAUGCCUAAAAAUUUCUAAGUUUAAAGUAAAUCAUAAAAGUUACUCUUGAGCCUGUAUGGCAAAUUUGUUUUUUUUUUCUGAGGACUUGGAAUAUCUUUCUGUAAAAUACUCAUUCUGUUUAAACCUGUGAGUAAAUUAAGUUCAU